AUGCUGGGGACAGAUGCCGGGACCUCUGCAGAGGUCUGUCCCAAGAAGUUUAACUUAAUCCGGCGCGCUCCUCUCAGGUAGCGGGACAAGUGCUCCUAAUAUACUGCAAAGUGAUGUGAUGUUUGUGCUCGGACUGUUUGCUCUACAGGCUGAGGUCAUGUCUGCGGGCGUCAUUAAGUCCCGGUCCUUGGCGCCUCCCAAGUUUGGCCUUUGUUUAUUCGGACAGACUGUUAUGAUGGCUUCCGUUCUUAUGAAUGUGUGGUUUGAGAGAUGUUCGACAUGUUGUCCUUUGUUGUUUGGACAUGUCAGAUGUCUCCGGAAGUUCUGUUUUUGUGGCAUUUCUCUUACCUUGCUUUUAUUCCGAACAUAUUAUAUUCCUAUAUCCUCGUGUUUACAUCAUGUAUAUAUAAUAUAUAUUUUCUAUUUUUUGCCAUAAUUUUCCCUUUACCGCAUAUUCCGAGGUAAAGGCGGCCUUAUCGUAUAUCAAAGUCUGAGGCACCUGGUCGACUUCUUGGCCUCUGGUUCCUGAAAUUCGAUAUGGCCAGAAGAUUCUUUUAACGCCGUUUUGAGGACGCGGGCUUUCGCCCUUUUUCUUAUAACAUUCAGCGUUUUUCAGGAUGAAUCGGGUCAAACUUUUGUUCUUAUUUGUAAUACUUUAUUCGGUGGAUGCCAAGAAACAAUGCGAACCCAUCACGAUCCCCUUAUGCAAAGGAACUGGCUAUAAUAUGACCUCUUUUCCAAACAGUUAUGGUCAUGAGAAGCAGGACGAAGCUGGUCUCGAGGUGCAUCAGUUUUAUCCUCUGGUCGAGGUAAACUGUUACAAACAUCUCAAGUUCUUCCUUUGUGCCUUAUACACUCCUAUUUGCCAAGAUAACUAUGAUAUGUCCAUCAUGCCUUGUCAAGAAGUGUGUCGGGAGGCUCAGAAAAAGUGUUCCCCGAUCAUGAAUACCCAUGGAUUCCAAUGGCCAGACACUUUAAAAUGCGAUCGUUUACCAAAAUUUGCGGAUCAGGAGAAGACGGGCGUCCUCUGUGCUGCUCCUCCAGAUGCAACUCAAGUUUCGAAAUCAUCAGAAGUCAAAGAAAAAGAAGUCAACGUCCCCAAGACUCCAAAGAAACCGGCUUCCUCCAUCAAACAUUCGGAUGGAAGAUGUUCUUGUCAAUGUGGGCGCCCAUUCAAUCCAGUCUCAGCAGAAACCGUCUCCUAUUAUGGACAAGGUUACAGUAUCCAGAACGUCUCUAACUGUGCGUACUCCUGUUCGGGAUUACUCCCAACUCAUUCUGUUUCUCAGACCAAUAAUUACAAACAAUGGAUCGUUUUCAUGUAAGACCUUAUUUUUUGAUGACUAUAACUUCUUUUUUUGGGUCAACAUGACUUAUAGUCAUCAUUUUAAUCUAAUAUUUUCAGCACGGUGACUUGUUUCUGCAUCUCUUUUCUCUCAGUGAUCACCUUUUCCAUUGAUCUUGGCCGUUUUCCUUAUCCAGAACGACCAAUAUUAUUCUUGGUUUUAUGCCAACUUUGUGUGGCCGCAGGGUUUAUGAUUCAAUUUUGGUAUGGGAACAAGAAGAUUGGCUGUGAUGCGGACAUGCUUCGGACAAUGAUGACCCCAGAGGCGACCGUUGGAAGUAGCGUUCAAUGGUCCUGCCUGGCCACUUUCGGUCUCACCUACUACUUUUCGAUGGCCGCCGCCGUUUGGUGGGUGGUCCUCGCCUUGUCCUGGGUGCUAGCUGCAGUUCCCCAUUGGUCGACUGAAUGGAUUGGCAAAUAUUCUUGUUAUUUCCAUUCAUUUGCCUGGAUUCUACCGGCUAUUCAGACUGGAUUGGUCUAUAUUUUCAAUGCAAUUGAUGGAGAUCCGGUAUCUGGAGUCUGUUUUGUGGGAAAUACCAACCGAAAUCAUCUUCUCUACUUCGUUAUCAGUGAGUUUUAGUUUAAAGUCUUCGCACCGUUAUCUAUUUUUAGUCCCAAUGAUCAUCUACUUUAUUGCUGGAGUUUCCUUCCUUUUUGUUGGCCUCCAAUACCUCUGGUCGCUGCGUUCAAAUCUCCAGAAAGCUCAUCACAAAACCUCCAAAUUCAGUCAAUUGAUGUCCAAGAUCGUUCUGUUUGCUCUGAUCUACACGAUCUCCGUUAUUCUCCAUGUUAUGGUACUUAUCUACGAGUAUCUGAACCGUCCAAAGUGGGAAGAAAGUCUUUUAUGUCCUUGUUCUCAGGAAAUCCCUGUUAAUGGUGAGUUUUAUUCCCAAAAAUAAAGGACGCCAAAAAUAAUAGAAAAGAAGAAACAAGUGAGAGAAUGCGAAAAUAAAGAGCCCGCAGAGAGGCAGAGAAAUUAGAAAAUAGUUUGUUUUUCUUGCCUUCUCUCUCGGAAAACGCCUCAUUUCAAAAGCAAGAUGAACUUUUUGGUCCCCGACCUUAUCGGUCGCGUUUGCGAACGAUGAUGAGAGCCCCAAGAGAUCGAAGGAGGUCCCCGUCACCUGAAUAAGGUGAAAACCCACGGGAAUCGGCUUCUAACGAGACGAUCGGAUGGCCUUUCUGAGUUCGUCGCAUGCGAAGAGGGCGUGAGACAGGAAAAGAGACCCGGAGAGAGUGUUUAUUUCUGCUCGUCUGACCUAAUUCUGGUCCCAGUUUAUUCUCUUCUCAUCUUUUGGGGGGCUUUCAGUUUCCUUUACAAAUGUUGAGUGCCCGUGAGGAUAAUCCAAUAUGGUUUCGCGACUCUUGUCUGAAAAGAUUAUUUUGAGGAUAGUCUUGGCUGUCUGAGGCACUUAUCCAAAACACAACAAAAAACAAAGCAAAUUACACGUUACUAUUUUUUCAGCCGAUACCUUGUACUUCCUGAAUUUGCUCAAAGUAGGUUCAAUGAUGGCGAUCGGCUGGACUUCGAUGAUCUGGGUGUUCUCCUCGAAGACAUUCCAGAGUUGGAAGAGGUUCUUCUGCUGUGGAGCUACCCCUUAUGCCACUUACACUGGCCCCAAACUACCAUUUGAUCUAGUUGCCAGUCAAUAUCAACAAAUCCCUCCGCCUCCUCCUCCCCUACCACACCCUCAGUUCCCACCCAUGUCCCAUAAACAGUUCCAUUCGCCGGAAUUCAUCUAUGCCAAACGGGAUAUGAUCUCUUCGCCUCAUUUCAGCGCUGCCAACACACUUAGGCAUUGUCCGCGAGACGUUUAA